CGUGAGAGCCGAUUGGCCGGCUAAAAAGCAGCUCGGGACGCGAUUGGCUGCGACGCGCCACACUCUUCCCCCGUUCGCUCUGUCCUCCUCCGCCCCUUCCAGCUGCUCGUGCUGGAUGGAGUGUUUUGGUGGGUUUCCUUCUGUGUUUUGGCGGCGCGCCUCCCUGCAAGGAAGGAGGGAAGGAGGAGGGAAGGGAAAGAGGCGGGGAAGCAGCAGGGAGAGCGCUCCGGCUGGCUUUGUCACAUCUGCUGCUGCUGCUGGGGCUGCUGCUCACUACAGGAGCCCUUCACCAUGCACACCGAGGAGAUGGGGGAGAGCCCCGCGGUUGACAUUGUGGACAUCUACGAAUCUAUACGUGAACGACAGCGUCACGACAGUGAAAGGUCUACUUGUAGCACCUUGGAGCAGAAUGACAUAGAAGCAGUUGAGGCGCUUGUUUGCAUGAGUUCUUGGGGUCAAAGGUCACAGAAAAAUGAUCUGCUAAAGAUACGGCCUCUUACACCUGUCUCAGACUCAGGUGAUUUUGCAAUGCACACCGAACCCAUGUCUGAUUUGCCCAAGGAUUACAACUUCCUAUCUACACUGUGUAUGACACCGCCAUACAGUCCAGAUUUUGUUGAGCCCUCCACAACCACAUCGCUUUCAUCUCUAGCCACUUAUUCAAAGUCUAGGGCAAUAAAGGCAAACGUAUCUGCUAGUCAAGCCACUCCUCCAGGUUGUGCUCUUGCUGCGGCCCCGUCAUCUGCAGCGAAUACAGAUAGACUGCCCAACCAGAAGGCAGCCAGAGCUGAGCAACCUGUUCCUCCGCUUUGUAGAGCCAUGGCAACGAGUGUGAUCCGUCACACAGGCGACAGUUCUAGUUACUCCCGCAUUCCUGUUGUGCAAGUGAAAGCAGAAACAGUAUCUGGCCCCAGCACUUCGACAGACCACCACCGGGAAGAAGCGACGCCGGAAGAGCCACAUUCCAGUGUUUCACCGGACUGCCGGACUGCGGAUAGCUUAGCCCGUGUUUCUUCCCCAGUACAUGAGGCCUGCUUGUACAACCUAGCUUGUUCUAGGGCUGCUGAAAAAAGUCAUGAGUUGCAAAGGUUGUCGCCAGAGCAGGUGCCUUUCCUAAAGAAUGGCGACAGUGAUAUGCUGCAAAAAUCCCCUCCACUUUUACCCACUCCCAUUUCAAGCCCACCAGUGAUCUGCCAAAUGAUCCCCUUGGAAGGGCAGAGAGGUAUGGUCCCUGCCUUCCUGAAGCCUUCUCCAACUGCAGCCAGUGUCAAGCCCAUCUUGCCCCACACGGCCCCAGUUCCCCAGCCAGUUCUGGUGGGGCCUUCCAUGCCCCAAGGGACUGUCAUGUUGGUUCUUCCGCAGGCAACCGUUGCCCAGGCACCAUCCUGCCAACAAGCGGUGAUGUCUGUUGGGAAUACGAAGCUAUUACCUCUAGCCCCUGCUCCCGUUUUCAUCGCCUCCAGUCAAAACAGCGCACCCUUAAUGGACUUUUCCCGGAGGAGGAAUUAUGUCUGCAAUUUUCCAGGCUGCAGGAAAACAUACUUCAAAAGCUCUCACCUGAAAGCUCACCUACGUACACAUACCGGAGAAAAGCCUUUCACCUGCAGCUGGGAAGGCUGUGAUAAAAAGUUUGCUCGCUCUGAUGAACUUUCUCGCCACCGCCGAACUCAUACGGGGGAGAAGAAGUUUGCGUGUCCAGUCUGUGAUCGCCGUUUCAUGCGUAGCGAUCACCUGACAAAGCAUGCACGGCGGCACAUGACCACAAAGAAGGUGCCCAGCUGGCAGGCUGAAGUGGGCAAAUUGAACAGAAUUGCCACAAUAGAGAAGCCCAGAAGCGAGAGUGCUUUGGGCAUGCUCCUACCUAUGCUCUCUUCUGGCUAAAAGGCCUCUCGGUGAAAACAAACAUUUUGAGAAGAAUUUGGGUGGUUCCAAAAGACAUACAGCUUGGACUAAUUUUCCCUUCUUUUUAAAAAAUUCCACAAGUUAUGCUUUUAUAUUGGGGUGGGGUUAAACAUGUAAAAGUGUUCUGUCUUAUGCCUUUUCUCCCUACUUCCCACUUAUUUUAAACCUUAUUUAACCAUUCGGUUUUAUUCCAUCAUAGAUCCCUUGCCCCAGUACUCUGAGGCAUUCACCAGCACUUUAAAAAAACAAAUAUUGGAAUCCCAGGGCAGUAAGGUUGGGUGUUGACACUGGGUUGUUUUCUUAAACCAUAUCUUCUCUUGACUAACAGUAACUGAUAGGAAGUGAAACAGCAUGACCGCCUACUUCCCCUCCAAAUUUUACUAAGAUUUUUUCUGCAGGUCUUGUAUUUGUUUAGCUGAUCUUGCAGUUUUCUUUUGAGAGGAAGAGUAUGCAAAAAUCAGAGUAGCCCCUUGGAAACUGUUUGGUUGAGAACUAUCCAAAGUGAUUUAUAGUGCAUUUACCGGAGCUUGGGAGAAUCACUCUUUGGACUGCAAUUCCCAGAUUCUUCUAACCAGCAUAUCCUCAGGACCUCUGGGUGCCCUUCCACACAGCCAUAUAAACCAGAAUAUUAAGGCAGAAAAUCCUACAUUUUUUUGCUUUGAACUGGAAUAUAUGGCAGUGUGGACUCAGAUAACCCAGUUCAAAGCAGAUAUUUUGGGAUUUUCUGCCUUGAUAUACUGGGUUAUAUGGCUGUGUGGAAAAUCCCUGGGAGUUGUGAUCCAAGAUGUCACAUUCCCAAACUCUUAAUAAUAUUGUGGUUUGAUACUGAGUUGAGCAACUGAAUCCACCAUCUCUUGAAUGGUUAAAAAAAACUUAGCUGCAUCCCUGCUGCAGCCAGUCCAACUUGGCCUGGGUAAAAAAGGGUGCUAUAGCUGGCUAUUAAGGUAAUGUUUGCUUCUGUUAUGAAAGAAAAGAACAGAGUCCCACUACUUGGAAAUGCUGUUGCUAAUGUGUUACUGUAAAAUCAUCAAACAAAACUUAGUUGACAUCAGACCCUAAGUAUUGGCUGAGAUCAUAUACUGUGUAAUUUAGGGCACAUCUACACUAUACAAUUAAUGCUGUUUAACACCACUUUAAGAUCCAUGGUUCAAUGCUGUGGAAUCAUGUGAGUUAUUUUACAAGGUCUUCAGACUUCUUUACCAAAGAGUGCUGGUGCCUCACCAAGCUGGAUUCCACAUCAUUGAACUAUGGCAGUUAAAGUGGUGUCAAACUGCAUUAUUUCUACAAUGUAGAUGCAUCCUGGCUCAACCUCCCAAACUUAUCUUAACAGCAAGCAACCACACUAAGUGAUGGAAGUGUUUUCUGCAGGCAAUUGGGGCACAGCAGGAUGAGGAGGUUAUGAUCAUGGUAAUAGUGCCAUGAUAGUGAAUAUGCAAUAUUACUGAAUACAGAGCAGUUAUGGAUUCGUAACACUUGGUUACAAAUCCAUCUAUUAUCAUUUCUAAGAGGCAACAUUUGCCAUUAUCAAAAUUGGCUAACUCCUCCCCAAACUAUACUGCAAAACACCAUUGUUACUCAAAACCAAAUGUGUCACCAUUCAGAUCCAAAUGCCAUUUCACUGAUGAAAAUAACAGAUCCCACACUUGUUGUUGAGUGCAACCUCAAACAUCUUAGGUGCUGCAAAUUAAUUUUUAAUCAUUUGUUUCCAAACUCUGAGAAUGGCUUCAGCUGUGAGAGUGCUUCAUGUGUUUAUAAAUUGUGACAUGAAAAAAUACCUUUCAUACGUUGACCUUAGAAAUGUCCUCCACAGGGUGGAAGGUGCCUUUUUAGUGGAAGAGUCAUGAAUUUUAGAUCUAUCGCUUUGCAUUGGCUAGAAAACAGGGACUUAACUUGGGUUGGAGUAUAUCCUUGAUUUGUUAGGGUAGGGAUGCGUAAAGGAAACACCCAGUUACGUUGGCGUGUUAUGUUAGUCUAAAAUAAAAGGUUUGAGGUCAAAGUUGAAAAUGCACUGCUCAUGUCAUCAUGUUAAUACCAUCUAAACCAGUGGUCUCAACCUGUGGGUCCCCAGAUGUUUUGGCCUUCAACUCCCAGAAAUCCUAACAGCUGGUAAAGUGGCUGGGAUUUUUGGGAGUUGUAGGCCAAAAUACCUGGGGACCCACAGGUGUCCCACAAACUAAACAAACUUUGGGAAAUUUCUUAGCAAAUCUCUAACUUGAAGGUUCCUUGCAGGAUGAGCAAACCAAAGCAAGCUGUUUAGUGUGCAUUUAUUCACUGUUUUGGGUCAGUUGUAUCUCCGAAUUGAAUCAAUGGUGGUCUGCUCAUACAGUUUCUCUCCCUCUCCUCCCUGUAUUUCUCAGCUACCAGAACUGGUUUAGGGUGGGGCAGGGGCAGGGAAUGGGGGAAUCCAUCCAGCUGAAAAAACACAGCCUAGUUAGUGGAAACACUCUUCGAGUACAAACCAGUUUUAAUAAUGUUUGCAUUUUUUUAAACGAGAGGAAUUUAUAAUUUGUAGGAGGCUACAGAUUAAUUACAAAUGGUUACAGAAUAGAUAUUUCUCAUUCAAAUUCCCUUUAGAGUUCCACAAUGUUCCAUUAAAAGGACGAUGCUGCUACUGUUGUCUUCCUAUCCCAACCUGGAACAAUUGAUGAGUAAAAUUUGAAAGAGUUGCUAAUUUCAGAGUUGCUUUUUCUUGUUAUUUGGAGAGUAUUCUGAGAGAACUCAAUUACAGGCAGACCAUUCAUCUACCAUUCAGGUGGUUUGCGACACUUUUCCAUACAUAUAUUUAACCAAACUGAGGAAAUUGUUUCUUAUAAUGAUGUGAACGCAUGGUAUAUAUGUGUGUGGUAUAUAAUAGCUGACACUUUAUCAGGAUCUAAAACCAGAUUGACCUCUCAUAGCUGUUACGUCAAUAUGAUAUCUUUCUUAUUAAGCCAAGGUUGCAGAACAGUCAUUUGUGUGUUUCCGAAAAUAAUUCUGCUGAUGAGAGAAAUUUACCAGAAAUACAUUUGGAAUUGAGAAUUGCAACUGGAAACCCUCAGUUGUUACUUUUUUAAAACCUUGCAUCCAUGCAGAGUUUGGAAAUGUUACCUCUUUGUUCUUCAGUUCUCUGAAUCCGUCAGCAUGACUAGGAGAAUCUGGAAGCUAUAGUCCAGCAAAGUAAAAUUCCCAAGCUUUGUACUGGUGUAUUGUUUCUUGGAUAAUGCUGACCCAAUUCCAGUGUAUAUAGAGUUGCUGGUGUUUUUCCUGGCAGCAUUUGUGCCUCUUGGAAAAACAUCUGAUCUGCAGAAAUUGAAGAGGGGAAGUUUACCUAUCACUUCAUCAGCAUGCUAGGAAGAACUUCAGCAGAAAGGCUGCUGCUAGCAUGGUGCCUGCUGGAUCUGUGGCGGGGUGGGAAAGGUUGGCAACUCUAUGUGAUUUAAGAGUCUGUACUAUUCACUCUAAACAUCUGUCUGUUUACUCUGAUACUACUGUAUUAAAUUUAAAGAGAAUAGCUCAUGAAAGUUGACCAUAACAUGGACAAGCAUUUCUUUGUCUGGAAAGAAAAGCAAAUAGCAACAAUUACCACUGAAAUAAGAAUUAAACAUCACAUUGAGUAAAUGAGAAUCUUUCAACUUGACCUGUAUUCACACUUUAUAUAUUGUAAACAGGCAUCCUUUGGAUUAAUGUAAUACUAGGCUUGUGAUGUAAGAUGCCUGGCGGAUUCUUCAGUCAUGUUGUGUGCCAAUGAUUGGGAAUGUAGCUCUCAUGAUAUCUCGCCAUUGAUUACAUUGAAUAUUGUUGAUGGGAAUUGUUUGAGAAUAUGUGAGGUCUUUUUAAAAUUUGAGGAUAGGACCAUGAAGUUUAUUGGGUUUUUAAGCAGGAUAUCCUGAAUGAUGUUUAGGUGCAUUUGAUGAAUACCUAUAAUUUUUCUUGAAUAUAGAUUGGGCUGGGCAAAAACGGGAACCUGAGUCUUAUGGAUUCCCUCAACUAGACUGCCUUUUCAGGUUUCCAGAAACCCCAAUGUGCAACUGAAAUACGCAAAAUGUUCCCUUGUUUGGGAGCCAGUUGAUGUUCAUCUGCAUGCAAACAAGCGGUGUGCUCCUCAUGCUCCUUGUUUUAAUGAAGAAAACGUGCACCUUCCCCAUGGCAGUGAGUUGGCAAUAUGAGUCCCCAGCAGUUGCCUACCCAUGAGGCAAAUAUUACAGAAACUGCACUCCUAUAUGUAUGUCUAUGAUUUCGAUCUACCAUAUAUCAUCUGUCAUAGCAAGUGCCAACUAUAGAGUAAAGAUCCCUUUGAAACAAUAGGUGAAAAGCAAAGAAUAAAGAGCAUUUUUCAAAACAACAUGUUUAUCUGGCCAGAAAUGAAUAAUAUAUUCAUUCAGUGUUUUGGAGCUUGAAAGAAGAGAAGCAAAGUGGCAAAAAUGCAGUAUGCAUAAAAAACCAAACUGCAACAGAGCCAUUCCUUUGAAACCACUGUUCCCCUUCUGCUCUUCCUGGAUGUCAUUUCAUUGACAUUCAUUUGAAGUUGCCUGAAAUCAAAAUGUUUCCCUUGUCUACCUGAGAGCAUUUUCAAACUGUCCCGGUUUCUAAUCCUGAACACUAGCUAUCUGAUGUAAGACUAUGGGAACCUGUUUUGGUGUAGUAAAAUAUUGUGCCUAAUAUUUUAUAUGAGUAAACCUUGUUCUGUUCUGUUCUUUUGUUAAGCAUUUAUUGUGAAACCCAUGUAUAUGUGUUUGUAUAUGCAAAUACUGUUUGUACUUCUUAAAGGGCUGCAUUAUAAUUUCUCUCCUAGUAAAGUGGAUAUUUGCAUAA